AUGCCGACAGCCCUACCGCAAGCAGCGAGGGGCACACUAACGACAGCAACAACAGCACUCAGACGAGGUCACCUUCUCUUGUCAUCACUCUCUACCCCACGUUCACUCCAACCUUUCACUGCCGCUCCUUUCCGCCCAGCCCCGCAUCCUCCACACUCCUCCAUCUCCCUCCACCACAGGCGACUGCUUUCCGGCAUGUCUGACUCUGAGGGCUCCGACUUCAACAUGGUGUCGGACGGCGAGUCCGACGGCUACGUCGAGGCUCCUACCCCUAAGAAGGCGCCUGCCAAGAAGGCCGCCGCCGCUCCCAAAGCCAAGAAGGCGGCUGCCACCAAGAAGACUCCUCUUGCUACCAAGAAGAACCUUCCGAACGACUCGCUUUCAGAGGACGAUGACUAUAACAUCUUCACGUCCCCGGCGAGGCCAAAGGUUAACGGAGCGGAGGACGACGACGCUCCGAAGAGCGCCAAGAAGAAGACUGCCUCGGAGAUGUACCAAAAGCGUCCUGACACGUACAUUGGCUCCGUUGAGCCUCACACCCAGCCCAUGUGGGUCUUUGACUCCGAGAACAAGGCUAUGGUCAACCGCACCAUCACCUACGUUCCCGGCUUCUUCAAAAUCUUCGACGAGAUUCUGGUCAACGCCGCCGACAACAAGAUCAAUGACCCCACGAUGGACACCAUCAAGGUGAACAUCGACCGUGAGAACAAUUCCAUUUCCGUCUGGAACAACGGAAAGGGAAUUCCCGUCGAGAUGCAUUCCAAGGAAGGCAUCAUGAUCCCGGAGCUCAUCUUCGGAAACCUUAACUACGACGACGACCAGAAGAAGCUCACGGGUGGUCGUAACGGUUACGGUGCCAAGCUCGCCAAUAUCUACUCCCUCGAGUUCACCGUUGAGACCGCCGACAAGAGCAACAUGAAGAAGUACAAGCAGGUCUUCUCGCAGAACAUGGGCAAGAAGACGACGCCCAAGAUCACGGAAAACAAGAAGGGCGAAGAAUGGACGCAAAUUACAUUCAAGCCGGACCUGGCUCGAUUCAGCAUGACGAACAUCGAUGACGACACCUACGCCCUCCUCAUGAAGCGUGUCUACGAUGUCGCUGGUACGGUGAAGGACAUCAAGGUUAACCUGAACGGCGAGCGCCUCAAGGUCAAGAACUUCAAGCAGUACGUCGACAUGUACGUGGCGGCGAACAGCGCCGCCCACACCGCCGAGGGCGCGGCUGUCACCAAGCCCACUGUCGUCUACGAGAACGCUGGAAAGCGUUGGGAGGUCGCAUUUGCGCUGUCGGACGGCGAGUUCAACCAAGUGUCGUUCGCCAACUCCAUCGCUACGACCAAGGGUGGUACUCAUGUCGACAUGAUCGCUACGCAGCUGGCCAACAAGCUGCAAGCGUUUAUUGUCAAGAAGAAUAAGACCGCCAAGGUCAAGCCGUUCCAGAUCAAGAGCCACAUGUGGAUCUUCGUGAACGCGCUGAUCGAAAACCCCUCCUUCGACUCCCAGACCAAGGAGACCCUUACGCUGAAGUCGUCUGCGUUCGGCUCCAAGUGCGAGCUUUCCGAGGAGUUUAUCAAGAAGGUGGCUAAGUCUGGCAUCGUGGAGAACGUUCUUGCCUUCGCCAAGUUCAAGCAGGACCAGGCUAUGAAGAAGACCGACGGAGCGAAGCGUUCCCGUAUUGGGGGAAUCGCCAAGCUUGAUGACGCAAACUGGGCGGGUGGUCGCAACGCGAGCCAGUGUACUCUGAUCCUCACCGAAGGAGACUCCGCCAAGUCGAUGGCAGUGUCCGGCGUCGGUGCUAUUCAGGGCCGUGACCGUUUCGGUAUCUUCCCGCUUCGUGGUAAGCUCCUCAACGUUCGUGAGGCGAACCACGACCAAAUUAUGAAGAACCAGGAGAUUCAGAACAUCAAGCAGAUUCUCGGUCUGAAGCACAACCACAAUUAUACGUCGACAGACUCCCUCCGAUAUGGCCACCUCAUGAUCAUGACUGACCAGGAUCACGACGGUUCGCAUAUCAAGGGUCUCAUCAUCAAUUUCUUGGACCACUUCUACCCGUCGCUGCUGAAGAUCCCCAACUUCCUCAAUGAGUUCAUCACCCCCAUUGUCAAGGUUACCAAGGGCAAGCAGGAGCGCAUGUUUUUCACGAUGCCGGAGUAUGAGGAGUGGAAGGAGGCGAACAACAACGGCCACGGCUGGUUCGCCAAGUAUCUCAAGUACUUCAACGACAUCCAGCGUCAUCGCCUCAGGUUCGGCACUUUGGAGGAUGAGGACAAAACCCUCAUCGACCUUGCAUUCAACAAGAAGAAGGCAGAUGACCGUAAGGAGUGGCUCAGGCAGUUCAAGCCCGGAACCUUCCUACAGACGGACGACAUCGACGAGAUUCCCAUCUCCGACUUCGUCAACAAGGAGCUUAUCCUCUUCUCCAUGGCCGACAACAUUCGUUCCAUUCCGUCGGUUGCGGACGGCCUGAAGCCGGGUCAGCGCAAGGUCAUCUUUGGUUGUUUCAAGAAAAAGAUCAAGAACCAGAUCAAGGUGCAGCAGAUCGUCGGUUACAUUUUGGAGAACACAGCCUACCAUCACGGUGAGACGUCUCUGUACUCGACGAUCGUCGGUCUUGCGCAAAACUUCAUUGGCAGCAACAACGUCAACCUCCUGGCUCCCCACGGUCAGUUCGGUACGCGUUUGCAAGGUGGUAAAGAUGCUGCCAGUGCUCGUUACAUUCACACUAGCGUGUCGCGCAUCACCCGCACCAUCUUCCACCCAGCGGACGAGCCCAUCCUCAACAACCUGUUCGAGGAGGGACUGCACAUUGAGCCCGAGUACUACAUGCCUGUGGUUCCCCUGGUUCUGAUCAACGGAGCGGAUGGUAUCGGCACCGGAUGGAGCACUUCCAUCCCGAACUACAACCCGAAGGAUGUCGUUGAGAACAUCCGUCGCAUGAUGAGGGGAGAGGAGCCCGAGCCCAUGGUCCCAUGGUUCCGUGGCUUCAAGGGCACUAUCGAGCGCCUGGACAAGGACAAGUUCAAGGUCAGCGGUGUGGCUGAGAAGAUUGACGACAAGACGAUCGAGAUCACCGAACUGCCCGUCCGCAAGUGGACCCAGGACUUCAAGGAGAUGAUCGAGCAGAUGACUAGCGGUUCUGACACGCCCAAGGUCGUCUCCGUUAUCAAGGACUACGAGGAGAAUCACACCGACACCACUGUCCACUUCAGGCUCCACAUGAAGGAGGAGGGCAUGAAGAAGGCGGAGGCUGACGGCUUCGACAAGUUCUUCAAGCUUUCCACCACUCUCAGCACCAGCAACAUGGUCUGUUUUGACCUGGAGGGCAAGAUCCGCAAGUACUCCUCGCCCGAGGAGAUCCUUGGCGAUUUCUACCCCAAGCGCCUCGAGUACUACGCACUCCGCAAACAGUACCUCGCUGAUGACCUCAACAAGCAGUUCGACCGCCUUUCCAACCAAGCCCGCUUUGUCCAGAUGAUCAUCAAGAAGGAGCUCUCCGUCUCGAACAAGAAGAAGGCUGUCAUUGUCCAGGAGCUCCGUGACCACGACUUCCGUCCCUUCCCCAAGGGAGGUCCCAAGCCCGUUACUGCCGGGGAGUCCGCCCCCACCCUCGAGGAAGAGGAGGAGGAAGAGGACCAGGGAUCGGACGCCGACUACGACUACCUCCUGGGUAUGGCUAUCUGGAACCUUACCGAGGAGAAGGUCAAGAAGCUCCUUGAGCAGCGCGACGCCAAGGAGCAGGAGCUUAUCGAGCUUCUGAAGUUGACUCCUCAGGACAUCUGGAGCAAGGACCUUGACGAGUUUGAGGCCGAGUGGGAGGCUUGUCUCGAGGAGGAUGAGGCUAUCCGCAGGGCCACUAAGCCUAAGACGGCUGCGGCUGUCAAGAAGGCCGUCAAGGCUCGCAAGCGCGCCAAGGGCGAGGACACCGACGACUCGGAGGACGACUUCAAGCCGACCAAGAAGGUGACCAAGCCGCGUGCGCCCGCCAAGCCUCGCGCCCAGAAGGCAGCUACGCCCCGCGUUGCCUCAGCUGCAGCGUCAACAAACGCUUCCCCAGCAAAGGCUUCGGCAGCCUCGUCCACCAACACUUCUCCCCAAAAGCGUGACAGCGCUAGUCUCUCAGACGACGAAGAAAUCAAGCCUCCGCCCAAGAAGGCGACGACCUCACGUGCGAAGACGCCCUCGGCUUCAAUUGUCGAGCUCGACUCGGACGAGGACGAGAAGCCCGUUGUGAAGAAGACCGCGGCGAAGGCGAAGCCCAAGCCUAAGCCCAAGACUGUGGACAUUGACGACUCUGAUGACGACAACAAGCCCAAGGCGGCGACGAAGAAGGCGCCUGCGAAGGCUCCGACAAAGGCAGCGGCGAAGAAGGCGGCGCCCGUCCACGACUCGGACUCGGACGCCGAGGUCCUGCCCAAGCCCAAGGGCAAGGCAGCGGCGAAGGGAAAGAAGAAGGACGCGAGCGACUUUGAGGACAGCGACGAGGACGUCCCCCCGCCACCGCGGACGACGGCGCGUAGGGGGCGUGCGGCCGCGGUGAAGAAGCCGACCUAUGUCGACCUUUCUGACUCGGACGAGUAA